UGAUUUCAACGGAUUUAGUGAGUUUCAAGUUCACGUGCGCACGAAUAGUCUCGAUCGGUUACUAUAGUAACCCGCGCUUGAAGUGAUCCAACGCAAGAGCGUCUAUAUCAAGGCUAGGUGUAAGAUAGUGCUAAUACCGAUAGAUGAUGGAGACAGCUAUGUUGAUAAUAAUAGUGGCCAUAGCGCUUUUUGCGCAUUCAGAAAUUCAUGCACAAAGUUUAUCUUGCACAACGCCAAACAGUAUACCGGGACAAUGUAUAACAGUGCAUCGGUGUCGACACAUUUUGAAUAUGUUCAAGACUCAAACUAUGAUUCCGCCAGCUCAGCAAAGCUUCAUUCGCCAGUCAGCGUGUCAUCUUCCGAACGUGAAAUACGCCGUGUGCUGUCAGUUGGAUGAGAUCGAGAGACCUGCUCCAGAUAUAUCCCUCUUGCCGACAGAAUGUGGAAUUACAACGGCUGACCGAGUUGCCGGAGGGGACGAGACCGGCGUAUUCGAGUUUCCUUGGAUGGCUUUGCUACGGUAUCGGGACUUCGAAGGCGGCAUUGUCGAUGGUUGUGGUGGUACAUUGAUCAACGAUCGAUAUGUCCUAACAGCGGCACACUGCCUGCGGGUACAUACUCUAACUUUAGACCACGUUCGAUUGGGAGAACACAACAAAAAAACCGAGAUCGAUUGCGAAGGAUUCGAUGGAGACUGCGCUGGGCCGGUGCAAGAUAUAAAGAUAGAGAAGCUUAUGAUUCAUCCUCAAUACAAUAAACCAAAAUUUUCAAACGAUAUUGGAUUGAUCCGUUUGAAGAGCCGAGCCCAUUUUCAAGACCACAUUAAGCCAAUCUGCCUCCCAGUUACGUCCGAGUCCCAAAAGAUGGUCUUCCCCAAGUACAUCCUAACCGGUUGGGGUAAAACAGAGACGAAUAAGUUAUCUGAUGUUCUGCUGAAAGCUACCGUCCCGCGGUUAGACAACGAGCAAUGCACGCAAAUUCUCCAACAGCAGCGGUUGUGGAUUUCACUGAAUAACAAACAGAUGUGUGCCGGUGGUAAAAAUCUGAUGGACAGCUGUCGAGGAGACUCUGGGGGGCCACUCGGAAUGGUCGUAAAGGUCGGUAGAUAUCCCCGGUUCAUUCAAUAUGGAAUAGUUUCCAUAGGAUUGGAUACAUGUGGAAUUCAAAAUGUUCCUAGCGUCUACACCAGGGUGGGAGAGUAUAUGGAUUGGAUUCAAGAGAAUUUGCAACCGUCCUGAUACAAUGCUAUCCAUUAAUGCUCUUCAGUCUGAAUACAGGAAUUUCUCAUUGCCAAAAACUCAUGUAAAUAAAUAAGAUUAUAUUUAUGCAAUAAAAGACUUACCAAUUAAUCUAAUGUGAAAA